GUACUGGAAGAUGCUCGCAGAGAUGCCGACUUGCACCAUGUAGCUUGUAAUAUAGUAAAAAAACCUGGCAACAUUUAUUACCUUUAUAAACGGGAGAGUGGUCAGCAGUAUUUUUCUAUUAUUUCUCCAAAGGUUGCUGGGAGAGACAACAGUGUCACAGGACCGUGCAGCUCCGCCCCUUCCCUUGCAUCUUCUCCCGUGGGGUCCUGGAAGCCAGUGCUGCUCUGACUCAGCGUUAGGGCAGGUAAGCAUCCUGACAAAGCGCGUGACCCUCCCAAGAUUACUGUCAGCGACCAGGACCCUGUGGGCUUCAUGCUGGGCACAGGGGACCUCAGUCUGCACUCAAGUUGCUUGCCCUGCAGUCGACAAGGAAGACAAGAGAGGUGGUGCCAGUGUAGAGUGCCGAGUGUCACACGGUGAGCACACAGACAUGUGGCAGUGCGGAGGAGGAGUACUCACUCCAGGGGAGAGUCAGCGUUCCCAAAGAGGACCACCGGCCAACCCGAGAGCAGAGGGAGGGCCGGAGCCAGGGGCAGUGGAGAGAGGAGGCUGGGGGCUGAGCCAGCCUCAUCAUAAGGGCUUGUACACCAAAGGAAGGAGGUGGACUCCAUUCCCGGGGGAAUGGGGAGCCACUGACGGGCUUCCGCAAAGCUCGGGAGUGACACGAUCUAGUCCUGCAGGCCAAUGCUGCGCGACGCCUCAGCUCUGAACCCCUCCUCAGAGAAGUCUUGUCUGAGCCCUCUGUCAGGCUGGACCCUCUUCCAUGCUCCCCUGGCAGCCUGGUCGACUCCCCUUUUCUGGGCAGGGUUGAACACCUCUGCUGGCCUGAGCUCCUUGAGACACGAGGCCAGGUCUUAAUCGUCUCCAUGUCCCAAGCACCAGGCGCUCAUUCUUGCUCAUGACCAAAUGUUUGUUGAAUGAAUGGAUUGCUCCUUUCUUGUCUGGAUUUCUAGAGCCCUUACUCUCAGGUCCACGUCCUUUUACACCCGGAACCUGUGCAUUAUGUUGAAAAUAGCAUUUAAUUGCGAAAGAGGAGGCCCAAGUCAAGUCCUGGCUCCAUUUCACGGGGCCAAGUCACUUGACUUUCUUGAAACCUCAGAUUCUUCAUCUGUAAGAUGGGGUACCUUCGUGAACAGAGGCUGGGAGUCCCCACAUGCAUGCGUGAGUCUUGUGUCCCUGGGUAGACUGUAUGCUCCGUGAAGGUGUUCCCCAGCACCUAGUGCAGUCUGAGCUUACAGGGAGCACAGUGCUCAGUCCUGUUGGUUGGUAGACAGCAGAGUGCAGAGUGGAGGGGAAGGAACACCUAAGGUGAAGUUGUAAGCCCUGUCCUGCCACUUCUGUGUGACUUUGAGCAAGGUUCUUCCCCUCUCUAAGUCUUCCUUGUCUCAUCUGGCAACUAUGGAUAUUAACCGUCACUUGGCAGACCUUAUGGGCCAAUGGAAACCAUAGACAUGAAAAUGCUUCAUGAAUGAAAGAGAUGAUAGAGUAGAUAACCGAUCAUUAAUUAAAAACAAAAAGACAAAAAAACAACUCAAGGAGUACAGAUGAGGUGUGCGUGGCAAUUGGUAGAAAUGCCCACAGGCAUCUGCUGACUACCCCUGACAGGCAGAGAUGCUGGGUUGCUGCCCUGGCAGCAGCUGGGCUGGGGACAGAGGUGUUUGGUCUUGCUGGGGUCAGCCCUGGGGUGCAGGAGAGACCGGGAGGGAGGGGUUCCUGAGGAGGGACUGAGCAGCCGGCCUUGGCUCUCCUUCCCUCCCGGAUUUCUUGGGCAGCGUUCUUCUGUCUUAGGUUUUGAGGGGUCUCAGGAGUCCUGAUGGCCUUGGUGAAUGGGACCUGCCUGGGGGAGCAGUGAGCCCCUUAGUGCUGCCUGAUCAACUCCCAGUUCCAAACUCCCAGUCUAGCCCCCUCCUCCCGGCCUCCGACAUCUUGGUGGCAGGGCUUAUGGGCCCUAAUUUGUCUUAAGUCCAGCCUGCGGCAGAGACAGGGGCUGGGCAGAGGGAGUCUCAGCUUCCUCACCUCUAAAAUGAGUGAGGAUGAAACGAGAAAGCGGCUGCGACAACACCUCGGAACUUGCGUAUUUUAUUCAGGUGCAGGAUUGCUGUUUGUGGGCAGCGUGUUUAUGGUGACCAGUGGGGUGUCCCUGUUUCAGGGAGCACUGGGGCUCUUUCUCCCCAAGAAACUUGGUGCCACAGGCCAUUUAUGUGUAUGGAGUGCAGGUUUGGUGUUGGAGGCAAAACAGAGCCGGCCAGGCUAUGGAAACAGGCAGGGCCAGCUGAUUCCCUGGGCUCUGAGGGGCCCGGGGCAGGGCCGCUUCCUCUUGGGCAGGAUGAAACCGCCCCGUGGGGCUGGCCCCCUGAGCUCCUCCUUGGCCUCCUACCCCACAGACCGCCUCCUUCCGGACCUGUGCCCCCGGCAGAGGAAACACCAGACUUAGAAUCCAGCAGGCAGGAUUACCUUUCACUCACUGAGGAUGUGAUUUGAGCCAUUAUAUCUCCAUUUCUCUGAGGCUCAGAUUUUGCAUUCAUCAAAUAAUGACAGCACCGUCUCCUGAGGUCGUCAGGAUCAGGAGAGAGAACAGAGUGAAAGAUCCGUGCACCAGGUUCUUCCUGACCAACGACCAGAUCCAUCUCUAUAUGAAUGAGUUCUCCUGGAAGGACGUUACCAAUGCCUUGUCCCUGGCCAACAUGAUCCUGGGGCUCUUCUCCAUCUUCUGCAGCGUCUGCAAGAAAUGCUACAGUGCCUCCUGGAUGCUUCUGAUCAGCUUCCUAUUAGACAUGGCAGUUGGGACGAUAACCAGACACCUCAGCCUCUGCUCCAGAUCGGGGGUGGAGCUGAAUGACUUUGCUGUCUUCACCACCUUUGGCCUGGCCUCAGCCCUGCUCCUAGGCGUGGAUGGGCCUCUGAAUGCGUUCCUGGCCGUCAUCUAUGUGUUAGCUGCUACCUUCCGCCUGUGUUUUUAUUCAACCGGUGUUCCCUUCACAUACAAGGGUCUACCCUGCCGCUAUGCUUCCUGUGUUUUGGCCUCCACCUGCCUUCUGACCAGAGGCAACACGUUCAUUCUGUCUUGCAUGGCCUCACUUAUGAUUCUGUUCAUGGUGGACCAGAGCUACUAUCCACGUGAUGAGAUCCUGGGGUCUGAGAACUGGAAAAAAUUGAUGUAUCUGGGGGGUGUCAUCAUGCUGCUUGUGUCUCCAUUCUCCCUAACUGCUUUUUACUGCCUGAUGUGGUCGCUGUCCUACAUCUUCUUUCCAGAUGCUCUGUGGGGCAAGGCAGCAUGCUUCAAGCUACAGCAGCAAAGAAAGUGAACAGCUUCACCCACUCCCACUGGCCUCUGUGGGGUUUGUGCCAGCAUAUCGGGCGAAGCCUUGCCUUAUCCUCACUAAAUCUUUCUUUGUCCCUA